GAAAUCAUUCCUAUUUUCAGCUCUGUAUGCUGCUUUUAUAUUUGGUGGUCGGCACCUAAUGAACAAACGAGCAAAAUUUGAACUGAGGAAACCACUAGUGCUCUGGUCCCUGAGCCUUGCCGUCUUCAGUAUAUUCGGUGCUGUUCGAACUGGUGCUUAUAUGCUGUACAUUUUGAUGACCAAAGGCCUGAAGCAGUCAGUGUGUGACCAGAGUUUUUACAUUGGACCUGUCAGCAAAUUCUGGGCAUAUGCAUUUGUGCUAAGCAAAGCACCCGAACUAGGUGAUACAAUAUUCAUUAUUCUUAGGAAACAGAAGCUCAUCUUCUUACACUGGUACCAUCACAUUACUGUGUUACUUUAUUCUUGGUAUUCCUACAAGGACAUGGUGGCUGGCGGUGGCUGGUUCAUGACCAUGAACUACGGAGUACACGCCGUUAUGUACUCUUACUAUGCCUUGCGGGCUGCUGGCUUCCGAGUCUCGCGCAAGUUUGCCAUGUUCAUCACCUUGUCGCAGAUCACUCAGAUGUUGAUCGGUUGCGUGAUCAAUUACCUGGUCUUCUCCUGGAUGCAGCAGGGCCAGUGCCAUUCCCACGUGCAGAACAUCAUCUGGUCCUCUCUCAUGUACCUCAGCUACUUUGUGCUCUUCUGCCAUUUUUUCUUUGAGGCCUAUAUCGGCAAAACCAGAAAAGAAAGGAAGGUUGACUAGUGGUAGAAACGAGAAGCUAUAGCUCAGGGUCAUCAAGAAAAACAAAAUUACAAGAAAAGCAAAUGGCACAAGGAAACACAUAUAUGUAUGGUGCAGCUAAAACUUGGCAGCUUAGGGAAAGUUAGCUUGGUUUAACCCAGUAAGUUUAUGAUCCUAUCAUGGUGAGGACUCACUGUAUUCUACUCUAUCUCAAAGGACUGCUGAUGAAAGACAACUUCUUGUACCUGUCUGCUCUAGAAAAGAAAGGAGAAAAGAAAGAAGAGAAAUAAGGA